GAUCUUCUCCUACCAAGUUCACGAAGAACACUCGGAUACUAGAAUAUCGAAUCACUAAAUCACAAAUAUGGCUAACAACGACAGUGCAAAAAAAGAUGGGAAAAAACCUGCUGCCCAAAAACCUACAAUAAAAAAAUCUACCGCCCAAAAGCCUGUUUCUGCCUUUUCCUCAUCCAGUUCUAGUGGGGGCGAAGAGGAAAGCAUUCCCACAACGUCCCGAAAAGCUCAAAACCUCCCUGGAGAUAUGAAAUUUCGCCCCGGUAGCUCUGCAUUCAAUUCUAGUUGUUCUGGCGGUUCGUCAAAUGGAGGUACCCAACCGAGGAAUAAUACUCCUCCAAGCAGUGGUCAAAUAAAAGGGAGCCCCGAUAAUUCUCCUCGCACCAAGGAAAAGCAUCGAAAUGCCGCUCUCGACAGCCUCAAUGGGAAGAAGCCUAAAAAAUAAUAAAUCUCUUCCACUUACUCCCCUCAGCAGGAAGUUAGUCGAGGAUGCGGGAGAGCGUGACCCCUUCCCCCCCCCCCUAAGACAAGCCGGAGACA